GUGAUUAUUUUUUAAAGAAAAUGGCCGAUUAUAAUAGACCACCACCAAUCAGAUCUAUGCCGCCAAUGCUUCGUUCAUCACCAUUUCUAGGAGGUAGAUCACUGUCAUCGUUACCUGAACAUAAACAUUCUUCAUGGAAUACUCAAGCAUUACAAGUAAUGCCUGUAUAUAGACCAACAGUGUCAACAUCAACUGGUGAGCAAAUAGUUGCACCGGUUCUAAAUCAUCAGUCAUUGCUUCCCUUGCAGCCAAUAUUACCAUCCUGUUGGUCGAAUGCUGGACGUUUCCCACCUAUUCACUAUCCUCCUCCUGCUCCUCUCGAUUAUUUGUCUAUCCCACAACAAAAUCAAAUCCCAACUUAUGAAAUUAUAAAAUCUACUGUUAAUUUUGAGUCAAUUUUAAAUUCAUGGUUAAGUUAUUAUGAACCAAUAUUUACCGAGCGAAGACAAUGUAAAGAACAGAAUAAUAUACAACUACCGAUGUUUAGAAAUAUGUUGGUUAAAUGGUCAGAAUUAAUUCAGAAAAUGCAAUCAACUUGUAAACAAAAUGAAAUGUCUUCUUCAUUAUCAUUACAGAAUGAACUGAAUACUGUUCAACAAUAUUGUACAAAUCCACAUAUUGUCAAUUUAGUGAAAAAGAAACUUCGUUUAAUCCACAAGAAAAGACGUUAUCUUAAACGUAUACGUGAUCGUAGACAAAAUUCACAAUUACAAUCAUCAACUUGUUCUGUAAUUGUACAAUCUACAACUGGUAGUAUACUUGAACGAAUAAAAUCAGAUAUAUCAUUGACUAUUGAACAAUCAGGUGUUCAUGAUGAACAACAGAUCAAUGUAGAUAACCAUACAAACAAUAUUAUUGACAAUGAAUCAAAACAUAAACUGUUUAAUCUUAAUCAAGAAAAUAACAAUCAUCAUUUAAGCCAAAUGAAAACAAUAUUACAUAAAUCUAUUGAUGAAUGUCAAACACGUUUAAGACUUUUGGAUAAUUUAGAAAAAUUACGUUCAGCACGAUUAACACAAGCUGAACAACAAGGUGGACUUUUUCCUUAUCAACUCAAUGAAAAAUUCAACUCAGAUGUAAAUGAACUAAAAGAUCAAUUAUCUGUUCAAAUCCAGAAAUUGGAAUCAUUAUAUUCAAAGGUUAAAGAUGCAAUAAGAAAUAUUGUAAAUCGUCAAUCUAAAAGCAACUAUAAUACAGUAUCUCGAACUGAAGGUAAUUAUUGUAUUCAUGUGCCCAAUUUACCAAAAUCAAUAAAAAUGGAACUUUUUGGAAAUUAUUCUACCAAUAAUUCUUCCAAGAUUCCACAACGUUGGGAACGUUUUUAUCAUCAAGCUGAUUAUAAUUUCUGUGAUUUCAUACGAAUCAGAUAUGCUUGGGAUAAAUAUCUUAAGAUGGAUAUUUCUACUAAUGAAAAUGUAUUGGAUAGUUUAACUAGUUCACAAUUGCCAAAAAGUUGGAUUUUACCUCAAAUGAAAAAUAAUCAUCAAAACAUUGAUCAGAAUGAUAAUCAAAAUAGUAAUAUUCAAACAAAUAAUGAAGAAACUAAUGAAAUUGACAAUAUAAAGGAGAAAUGGAAUAAAUAUCUCAGGCCAAUUCCUUAUUGUUACACAUAAUUUGUCUAUUUCAUCUUUUAUAUUGUACAGUUUAUUCAAUUGACUGUUUCAUCGGUACAUUAUGAAUAUUAUUAUCAUUACAAUGAUAAUGUUGUAUGUUUGUAAUAUUUUGUCGACUGUUUCCCUUUCUUUUAGACAUGUACAUUAUUCAACUGAAAUUCUUCCUUCUUCUUCUUCUUCUUAUUGCUCAAAAGUAACUCUAAUACAAACCAAUUAUGAUUUGAUGAUAAUUAAAACAAUUUACAAAUAAA